AUAAAAGACGUGAACUGAAUUUGCUUCAGUAACUAUAUUUCAUGUCACAAAGAGAUAGAAAUAAAAAAAAUUAAAAAACUGGUUUCGUUUGUGUGUUCCUGCAAAUUCUUCAUACUUGGGGACUUUUCGAGUUAUACUAUGCCUGUUUUGGUUCGAUUUUUCGAUGGUCCAGAUCGGUUCGAAACGGUCAGCCAUUUAUUUUUCCAGAUUGAGCUCGUGCCUUCCCACACCAUCGCUGUUCAACUACUUCGAACCGAAUCGAGUUCUGAAUGCUAACCAAAAUAAAGCAAUUAUUUGAUUGGUCGGAACUCAAUCGCCUACUGUGCUUUCAAUAAUGUUCUGAAAGUUUCGAUCCAACGUAAAAUUCACAAUUUUCAUAUUCAUGAUAACCGAAAAUAUGAUUUCCUCGAGAUUUGCCGAAGGUCUUGGUGAGUUCCUUGUGCCUCUCAAAAUUUUAUAAGCAAAAACCUACUUGGGUAAACUAUUCGCCUAUUUACUUAUUCCCUUAUUUUCUGGAAUAUUUUCAACACACAAUUCCGUUGCUUUAAAAGAAAUAAUAGAUGUCGAAAAAAAGCCAGUUUAUCGAACUUAUAGGCCCGGACUCAGGCUCAAGCCAGAGCCGGUGAGGAAAGUUUUGGGGCUUUAAGGAUUUUCUUGGAGCCCAAUCAUGAAAAAAUAAAUAACUCACGAGCAAACCUACGAUUCACAUACUCUUUGGUGCUGCAUAACACCAAAAAUUAGUUUCAAUUACAAAUUUAGACCUUUAUGUUUGAGGUAGCCAUAAUCCAUCUGCACGCAAUGCGAUCACUAUCUGUUGGUUGCAAAGAGUGAAAAGAAGUUGAAUGGAAAAUUUUCGGGGAUGGGAUUGAAGAAGGGGAGAAAGGAAGAGACAAUAAAGUAUUACAAACUGAGAGCGAAGGAAGUUGCUGAUCAAUUCAGAUAUGAAGUGGAUAAGAAACUAGUUGAAAAACUGACUGAAGAUGAAGACGAGAGAAGCUUGGAAGAAUUAUGGCAAGCAUUCAAGGAAGCGCUCAUACAGUCCGCUAUUAAAGUGUGUGGUACUAGGAAAAUUGCGUGGUAUAGGAGACAAACAAAUUGGUGGUCUGCAAGCAUCAAUAAUAUAGAAGUGAAGAAGAAGAAAAAGAUCUGGAAAACCUGUCUGCAAGCGAGAAAUGCAACAAUAAUGGAAUAUAGAGCACAGAGGAAGAAAGUGAAAGAGCUGAUACAAGAGGCGAAGCGAAAGAGCUCGAAAAAAUUAGGCAAUAGAUUGGAGCUGCAUAGCAGGAAGAACCAAAAAUUAUUCUAUUCUGCAAUGGAGAGCAUGAAAGGAGGAGAAGCGACAGCGUUAUCUUCCAAUAUCAAGGAUGAGAAGGGAAAUAUAAUAAGGGAUGAAGGAGAAGCUCUUCAGAGAUGAAAAGAAUAUUUUGAGGAUUUACUGGGAGUCGAAGAUGAAACACAUGACAUAUUGGUGAACGAGGGAGACAUUCAGGAGGAAGAAGAAACAGAAAUAGAGAAAGAAGAAUUGAUACAGGCAUUGAAGAGUAUGAAAUUGGGUGAAUCACCAGGGAGAGACAGAAUAAGUGUGAAAAUGUUGAGGAGAAUGGGUGAUAGAGGAUUUGAAAUACUCUGAAAGAUUAUUCGGAGAGUUUGACAGUUUGAAGAUAUACCAAAGGAAUGGGAAGUAGGCUUACUGGUACCAAUAUACAAGGGCAGAGACAACAAAGAUUGCAAAAAGAACAGGGGAAUCACGUUGCUGAGCACAGUAAGGAAGAUUUAUGAAAAGAUAUUAGAGAACAGAAUUGGGCAGAAGAUAGAGAGCAAGUUGUUGAAAUCUCAAAGUGGAUUUAGGAAGAAUCACAGCGUACAAUACCAUAUUUUCAGUUUGAAAGAAUUGAUGAAGCGGACUUUGGGGGUUCUUUACCUGGCUUCUGUAGAUAUAGAGAAAGUUUUGACAGGGUGAUACGGGAGACAGUGUGGCAUGAGUUGAGAGGGACAGGAGUCAUUGAAGGCUUAUAAGUUUAAUAAAGAAGUUAUACGAAAAUACCGUGAACCAGAUUAUACUCAAAGAAUUUCAGAGAGUUUCACGAAGAUAAGAGGACUGAGGCAGGGAGGAGGAUUGAGCCCACCAUUGUUCAUAACCCUUAUGGACGAUAUAAUAGAGAAAAGCAGACAAAGAACUAAAAAGGUUACAGUGGGUUUUCAUAAAAUGGAAAGGGUAUGUGUUUCGGAGCUAGUGUUUGCAGAUGAUGUAUUAGUAUUGGCUAAAAGUGAAGAAGAAUUACAACAGAACUUGAAUAUCUGGGAUGAGGUUAUAUCGGAGUAUGGGGUGAAGAUGAAUAGAGGAAAAACAAAGGUAAUGGCAGUAGCAAGACAGGAAAGAAGAAUGGAAGUGUAUUUGGGAAGGCAAAAAAUCGAACAGGUAGAUAGAUAUAAAUAUCUAGGAGUUAUUUUUGAGCAACACGGGGGACGGGUCAAUGAAAUCGACAAUAGAAUAGGGAAGAAAACAAGGUAUACCAAGCCAUGAGGUCAGGCAUUAUGAAUAAAAGAGAAGUCAACUAAGCCCAACAGACCAACUUCAACUUAUGAAUGUGAAACAUGGAACCUGAACUUGAGAGAAAAGUCAAGUUUGCAGGCUAUGGAAAUGAAAUACUUAAGGAGAGUAAAUGGAAUGACUAGAAGAGACAGGAUAAGGAAUGAACUAAUUAGAGGAGAUGAUAAUCUUUAGUAUCGUUCCAAAAAACUAUGAUGAAAUUGAUGGUGUCGGUCAAGGAACAAAAACCAAAGAAUACUAUUCCUUCAGCGACGUUUCAGCUCCUUCAUAGGUCCUUCUUCAGGCUAAAAUCGAUAAAUGUCAUCAAUAGCAAUAGGACAGUAUAGGCACAAAUAUAAAAUUUAAAAUUACAAUGAUAUUAUAUGAACAGGAAAUAGAAGAAACAUUAAAACAAACAAUUUUUGACAUUUAUCGAUUGUAGCCUGAAGAAGGCCCAAUAAAGGAGCCAAAACAUCGCUGAAGGAAUAGUAUUCUUUGGUGUUUGUUCCUUGACCGAUACCAUCAAUUUCAUCAUAAUCAGAGGAGAUUUGCAAGUGGAAUCUUUGGAAAGAUUUAUCGAGAGGAGACAGUUGGAAUGGUGGGAACACUUGAAUUGAAUUAAGGGGGAUAAAAUGAGGAGGAGAAUUUGGGAUGCCAAAGAUGUCAGAAAGAGGAGACGGGGAAGACCAGAGAGAAGUUGGAGACAAGUCAUUGCGGAGAUAUUCAAUAAGAGGGGAACGAACAUUCCGGAAGCUAGACGUUUAUCAUUGGAUAGGAAGAAGUUGAGGGAAUAUGUUCAGAUGUAUAGGCUACACAACACCCUACACCCAAUGAGUAGAAAGGGUUAAAAUGACUAUAUAUACAGGGUGUCCAGGAAAAUGUGGGAAAUCUCUCGGAUUCAGUUAGAACACAAAAUAUGAAAAUGACAAUUUCCCAUAAUUUUUUUUCCUAGCGGCCCUCCCUACGUCGAUACGACCUCCUAAAUGACGCCACUGGAAAUCUAUUUAAGUGGAAUAAGUUUCAAACUACUCGAUAUAAUUCGAUGAAAAUUUGAUAUGAUUAAUAGUAUUAAGGACCUCUCAUAUCACCGCACUCAAAUUUCAAUUAGCUUGUUCAGUUUACCAGGGGCGGACUGGGUUGUACAUUUUAAUGCUUACAUUUUUAACACCCUGUAUGAUAAGGUGCUAAAAAAAAACCAAUUUGGAUACCUUGAACAUUAAGCUUAAGAAAAGGUACUCUUGUUCAGUGUCAAUGAAAUGAAAGAAGUAAGUAAUUUUUUAAUUUCAAUUAAAAAUAACAUGAAGUCUAGUUUUUUGUCUGCAAAAAAGUGUGAUACGAAAGUUAUUGAAGAAAAAAAAACGUUUCAUUUAGUGUUAUACAACAAUAAAAAAAAAAAAUUUUUGAAAUAAACUCACUCAAGCUUGUCGUAGCUUCGUAGGGUGGGCCGCUAGGAAAAAAAAUUAUGGGAACUUGUCAUCUUAUUUUUUAUGUUCUAUAUGAAUCCGAGAGAUUUCCUACAUUUUCCGGGACACCCUGUAUAUUGUUUAUCCCAUAGACAAAAAGACAUGGACUGUGCCUUCCCUUUCUUAUUUGUGCAUGAAAAACGUUCAAAAAAAGUGACAGAGAGAAACUGUACAUCGGGCCUGCUAUUUGUCUUUUUCUCACUCAACCCUAUGUCAACAGAAAAGAGACAGGUAUUGGCCCUACGAUCAUUUCUCUCUAUAAAAUAAAAAUUUCAUGCUAGUAUUGCUCAGUCCAUAUCUCUAUGUUUAUGGUUUAUCCUUAGACAAAGACUUCUAGGUUAGGUUAGGUUAGGUUUGACACCUCGUAAAAUAGAAUACUGUUAAUCUCGACACUAACAAAUCUAACGAAUGAUACUCAAUGACAAAUGGGCAAUUUAAUCUUAUUUAUAAUCUUAUCUCUAACGAACAGAAAAGUAUCAAAAAAUUCAAACUAGAGAAAUACACUGCGUAAUACCUGUGAGUGAAUUUUGGGGCCAACCUAAACUAUUUCCACGAUACUAUCGAAAAUCCGGAAAACUUAUAUCGAAAUAUGUCAAUUUUAAAUUGAUUGUCAGUGGGCUAUACACUAUCAGUUCAACUGAAGAUUAUCGUCAAGAUGUUGAUCGGAUUCAUCCACACAUUGAGCAGUUAAUUUGAAGCUGCAGUUUUCGUGGAUUGAAGGUGCCAUACAGACGAGGAACUGACGACAGAUCGCGAGAAGUUUUUGAUGAAGAGUGGUGAGAAACUGUGUGGAUCGACUUUUCGCCUGCAGGCUCUGGGCUCAUAAAGUAUGCUAUCAUGAGGCAAGGAUCUGCAGUUCUGUACGUCCUCCUUCCAGGCGAGUGACUGGUAGUGUAUUCAACUGCAGUUCAAGCUCUUCAGAUUAACUGAUCAAUGUGUGGAUUGACCUGACGAUUAUCUUCAGUUAAACUGAUAAUACUAUCACAGGGUGCAUUAGAGAGCGGUGCGAACUGAAUUAUAAACAUCUAACAGCCUAUCAGAAACAUAUUAGCAGGUCGCAAGCAUGUGUUCAAUUUUUUUGAAGCCAUAUCGAAAAUAACCAAUGAAAUUUGUUCACCCGAUUCUGAAGGAAUCGACGCGAAUAUACUAACUUUUAGUGUGCCUUGAAGAACAUGCCCCAAUGGUUGCGCAAUAUUGCCUUACGGGGAGCAAUAUAAUGCCGCGUAAUACACUUUAAUAUACAUACAUUAAUUUUUUUUCGAGAAUUCUGGUGAUUUAUUCCAAAUCGGGAUAUACUGGAGAUGUCUGAGAAAUAUUUUCCCAAGGUAUUUAUGAUUACACUUAGGCACGCGACAUUAUCCUGCUCUCCUCUACCUAUUUGCAAUCAUCAAGAUACGCAUGUUGAUAUUGUUGGAAGAACUGAGGUUUUCAUUCGUUUCCUCACCUUUACUUUAACAACAACAAUGUUCAUUUUAAUAUUUUUAUUUUCCAUCUAAGCCCUGAGAAAGCAUCACAAAACAUUCGCAACGUUGGCGUUGUAUUGAAAAUAUAGGUACAAUAAAAACUCUCAAAAUUCCUGCUAAAAUCUUCACUCAAGAGUUUGUUUUUACUGAAUCUCUUCUUCAGACAUGUGUAUAAGUCAAAUAAUAGCAACGAUAUGUCUCCACGUAUUUCAAAGAACGCGUACGAAUCAAUAUUGGUAUAAUAUACUAUAAUGGAUAUAACAUAAAAAUAAAUAGGUAUAAGACCACAUUCAGCUAGAGUAGAUACCUGCAAA